ACCGCACUGCUUGGGGAGACCCAGAUGCUCAUGGAGAAACUAGAAAAGUUGAUUGAGAAGGUUCCGCAACCGGUGUUCCACGAGGAGAAGACUUCGGACCCCAAACUUCCAAUCCCGGAAGUUAAGUCAAAAAUUGAAAAGGAGCCUGAAUUCAAUGCUAGUCUGCAGCUGAGGAUAUGGAUUGAUGUUCCAAAUGAUUUCCCGUGGAGAAAGUGUAUGUUGGAUUACAAUGGGGUGGCAGCAACAUCAGAGUGUGUUCUCAAAAGCCACCAUGCUUCAACUUGGUAUAUCCAACUGUGGAGUUCAAAGUUCAAAAUAGUCAACGCUGAAAACGACAGAUGCCUUCAACCCGUUCCUUUUAUUGAUCUCUCUGAGGAGAUCAAAGUAAUCACGUCAUCUUGUGAAAAUGAAAAAGCAGAUGAAAGAUGGGAGUACAAGACAACUGGGCAGCUAGAAUGGAGUGAAGGAGGAUGUUUGACUAGCCGAGGGUCAGCUAAUGGAAACUAUGUUCUACUCACACACUGCAAUUCCUCCCUAGCAGAGCAAAGGUUUGAGUUUGGAUUAGUUGAUUAUGACAGCAAACUGGACGAAUAUAAACUAUGGCCCCUGGAUAUAGAUGAUUACAAGAAUAGGCAGAAGAAACUCAGGGAUGACGACCUUGCUGAUGCUAAGGAUGACGUACUAAACACCUUGAAGGUUGAAUAUAAACAAGAUAAUAAGGAGAAAAGAAGAGCUGUAGUUUUCUACCUGGACAAGGGAACAGGGUUCUUAGCAUAUCUGAACUGGUGGAUUCUAGCCUGGAAAUUAUUGGGUUUGAACUCUGAGAAGGAAAGGUUUGAUAUUGUCUAGGUUUGAACUCCGAGAAGGAAAGGUUUAAUAUUGUUUAGGUUUGAACUCCGAGAAAGAUAGAGUUGAUGUUGUCUAGGUUUGAACUCUGAGAAGGAAAGGUUUGAUAUUGUCUAGGUUUGAACUCCGAGAAGGAAAGGUUUAAUAUUGUUUAGGUUUGAACUCCGAGAAAGAUAGA